AUGGAUGGUCCGGGAAGAAUUUGGAUUGGGUGGGAUCCUGAGGUAAUGAAGGUUCAUGUUCUUCGUAUGUCAUCUCAAGCUAUUUUUGUUGAAGUUCUUACUUAUAAAAAUAAAUCAUUUGUUGCUACUUUUGUGUAUGGAAGUAAUGAUCCUAUUAUGAGGAGGAAUUUAUGGAAUGACUUCAUUGCUUUUGCUACUUAUAAUCACAGGCCCUGGGUUAUUUUAGGUGAUUUUAAUUCUCUUCUUGAAGUUGGUGAUAUAGUGGGUGGAGCUGAGGGUGGUGAUUGUAGGACUGCUUCAAAAAUUAAUAAGUUUCUUAUUAAUAUGGAAUGGUUGGAGAUGUUUCAUGAGUCUAGUGCUGAAUUUUUUCAUCCAAGCAUUUCUGACCAUAGUCCUGGCACUGUUAGUAUUUUUGAUGGGAGGCAGCACGACCCUCCUCCUUAUCGAUUUUGUAGUUUUUGGGUGGAAGAACCUGAUUUCUUGUGUGUGGUGAGACAAUCUUGGAUGAUUCCCAUGAGAGGUAAUCCUAUGAUGGUUCUAGUUAAUAAGUUAAAGAGAUUGAAGUAUGUGUUGAUUAAGUGGAAGAAUGAAAGAUUUAAAAGGUUAUUUAUUCAAGUGGAAGAGGCUAAAGAAGCUAUGGUGGAUGUUCAACAUCAGCUCCAGUUAUUUCCUUUGAAUGGUGAUCUUGCUGUAAAGGAGAAAGAAGUUGUCAAGCACUAUGCUAGGUUGGUGAAGUAUGAUGAAUCUAUUGCGAAGGAGAAGUCUAAGGUUAGGUGGAUGGAUGGAUCCUUAUUUGAUUCUUGUGCUAACCCUAAGGAUACUAAUGUUGUUAUUAAUGGGUUGCAAUUUGAAAAGUUAGUUUCUGAAGCUGAUGUUGAGUUCCUUAUGAGACCUGUUUCUAGAUAUGAGAUUAUUGAAGCUCUUGCUUCAAUCCAUUCUUCAAAAGCCCCUGGCCCUGAUGGGUUCAAUAACUAUUUUUUCAAGUAUUGUUGGUCUAUGGUGGGAGAUGAUUUUGUUAAUGUUGUGAGUAACUUUUUCAAGUCUGGUAGAUUACUUAAGGAGGUAAAUAGCACUUUCAUCACUUUAGUUGCCAAGUGUGAGAACCCUACUACUGUUGGGGACUUCAGACCUAUUUCUUGUUGUAAUGUGAUAUAUAAAUGUUUGACUAAGAUCAUUUCUUUUAGAAUGAAGAUUGUGCUUAAGGGCUUGGUGAGUUCUAAUCAGUCAGCAUUUAUUUGUGGUAGAUCCAUUCAAGAUAACAUCCUUCUUGCUCAUGAAAUUGUGAGGAAUUAUCACAAGACUAAAGGUUCUCCUAGAUGUGCUUUCAAGAUUGACUUACAAAAAGCUUAUGACUCUGUCAGUUGGGAUGCCAUUGCAGCUGUUCUUAGAAAAAUGGGAUUUCCUAGUGGGUUUAUUAAUUGCAUCAUGUGUUGUAUAUCCUCUGCUAAGUUUUCUAUCCUUGUUAAUGGCUCCCCUUAUGGGUUUUUUGGAGCUAAGAGUGUAUUAAGGCAGGGGUGCCCUAUGUCCCCUUAUCUGUUUGUGAUGAUGAUGGAGGUCUUGAGUAUUCUUUUGAAGCAACAGGAAUUUGAAGUCUGCUCAGGUACUUUCUCUGGUGCCAAAGAAUUUCAGCAGAUUCUCAGAUAUCUUGGGAUGCCUUUAGUGUCUACUAGGCUUUCUUAUGUGGAUGACCAAGCUCUCUUAAGUAGAGUUAAGAAAAGAGUUAAAUCUUGGAAGGCUAGGCACUUGGCUUUUGCUGGGAGAUUACAGUUGAUUAAAACAGUGUUAAAUGAUCUUGGUAAAAAAUAUAACCCUAUCAGCUGGAGUGUGGCUAGCACUGAUCAGAGGGUGGGAGGGUUAGGUCUCAAAGAUUUGGAAAGAACCAAUAUUGCUGCUAAUUUAAGACAUGUUUGGGAUAUAUCUUCUGGUAAAGAGACUAUUUGGACUCUAUGGAUAAAGGAAAAUCUCAUUAAACAUAUGGAUUUUUGGGACUUAGCUACUCCCCAAGAUUGUUCUUGUAGUUGGAGAAGGAUUCUUGAGUGUAGAGAGGAAGCUAAGCAGUUUAUGGGAGCUUGUCUAGGAAAUGGGGAUGAUACUAAUUUUUGUAAUGGUUUUUGGCACCCAAAUGGUAGACUUAAGGAUUGGAUGGAUGUUGUCUGUCUCAGUAAUAUUUGUUCUUCAACAAAUAGAAUGGUUGUUGAUUUCAUGGUUGAUGGCAAGUUAGUUAUCCCCGAGUGUACUCAUUCUGACAACUGUACUUCUUCUGCUCAUCUCCCAGUGGUAUAUUAUGAUGUUAGAGACUAUGACCAAGUUAUAUGGAAGGCUAGCAAAUCAGGUGAGUUUUCUUUAAAAGACACUUAUAAAGCUCUUUCUGGUGAUUGGGUGGAUGUGGGGUGGACUAAGAUAGUUUGGUUUAAACAUAACAUACCUAGACAUUCUUUUAUCAGUUGUAUGGCUUAUCAUAGAAGUAUGAAGACUAGGGCUAAGUUGAAAGGAUCGGGGACUCUUGAAAAUGCUAACUGUGUUUUAUGUGACUCUUGUACUGAGGAUGAAGAGCAUUUGUUUCUGCAAUGCCCCUUCUCUAACUGCAUUUGGAGAGGACUUCUGUUGAAAAUGGGUGAGUUUAGAGACCCUGCUACCUCUUGGGAUGCAGAAUUACUCUGGAAUAAGAGAGUGUUUACUUCUAAGAGAAAUAAUCCUGAGGGAUUGAGCCAUCUGAUUGUUUUGGAUGUGAGGCUCAAGUGUAUUGCCUCAAAGAUCUCUGAUUAUGAUAAUCCUCAAAUUAGAAGUUUUAUGGAUAAAUGGGGAAUUGAUUGUGUCUAUAAUCAUGUCAGAGUGACUGCUUGUUCUUGGAUUUUUCCGGAAGCUGAUGAAGUCAUGGUAAAUGCGGAUGGCUCUAGAGGUGAUGAGUCUGGGGGAAGUGGAGCCAUAAUCAGAGACCAUCAUGGUAAAACUAUUGAUGUUGCCUGUGGUGGAGCAGUGCCUGCUAUUGUUACAUCCCAUGAGCUGCAAGGUAUUGAAUUCUACUGCUUGGAGUGUCUUACACAUUUGGAGAAGAAUUUGUCACCUUCGGAGGGAUUUGAUUUUAUUAGAUAUACUCAUGUUUUUAGAGAGACAAAUAGGGAUGCUGAUUGGCUUGCUAAGAGGCAUCCCUCUGAAAAUUGUGUGAUUUUAAGUUCUGAUAGCUUCGAUAGUGAUAUGAGAAAAAUUUUAGAGGAGGAUAGUAGCCGCAAGGUCUACUAUAGGAAGCAGUGA